AUGGAAGGGAAGAAGAGUAGCGGCGGCAGCAGCACUACCCGGGGAGGCUUAUCUUCGAGCUACAGGGGCGUUCGUAAGCGCAAAUGGGGGAAAUGGGUAUCUGAAAUCCGCGAGCCCGGAAAAAAGACGAGAAUCUGGUUAGGCAGCUUCGACACACCCGAAAUGGCGGCCGCAGCCUACGACGUGGCCGCGCUACACUUCAGGGGUCGCGAAGCACGUCUUAACUUCCCUGAAUUGGUCACUUCUCUUCCGAAGCCACUGAGUUCCAAUGCCGAUGAUAUCCGAAUGGCAGCUAACGAGGCGGCCUUGGUGGUGAAGACUAAUGCGGCCCAACCAGACGUCGCCAGCAGCUCCAGUGCCGCCGUCGGGCCUGUGACGGUCAGGCUGAGUCAGAGCCAGAUUCAGGCCAUCAACGAGUCGCCUCUGGACUCUCCCACGAUGUGGAUGCAAAUGUCGGAGGCAUUGAUGAUGGAUGAGUCGAUGAUGUUUCCCAAUGAGAACGAGGAGACCGAUCAGUGGGAUGACAUGCAGAGUGAUUCCCUAUGGGAUCCUUAG